GAUGAAUCAUUCGUUCAUUCUUAUCCGAGACCACCCUAUGAUAUGAUACCCUUGUUGCCGUAGGACAAUAGCUUACAAUGAGACUCAGCUUUCACAAGCAUCCCUCCCCUCCCUCUCUACUUUUCCGUCGGUAUUGUGAGUGAGCUAAAGUAUAUUAUCAUACCGCAUUCAUCUUUAAUUCUGCAAGUAAAUUUAAUCACCGUCCGAGAUACCUCUGCUCUUUCCCCGUAAUUAAUCCCUUCCACUCCAAAAGACCUCUCCCUUCCUCCUAGCCCGGUCCCGCUACUCCUGGCGUUGAUUUAACGGGGGAAACCGCGAUCUGGUCCGGAAGAAGAUAAGGUAUGGCAAGUUCGAAAGGGAAGCAUACUCGUAGAGGGUAGCCCCCUUCCGAUCGGGGGGGGUGAGGGGUGGGGGAACACUUUCACUUUCACAAUACCCGGCCUUCCUCCUCCCCCUACUUGUUUUGGCUUCUCCGGGUGUGUUCUUGAUUCAUUGUAUAAAUGUAAAAAAGAAUGGAUGUGUUGUAUAUGUAAGUCCAAGUGCUCGGGUUGUCGGUUGCUAAAUAGUGGUGGUGGUGGUUGUGCACAGAUGCACCUCCAAUUUCGUUGAGCCCAGUCUAUCUCUUCCGUGCCCGUUAUAUAUGCGCUAAUGCAUCGGUAUGUAAAAGAGUACCGGUACGCUGUAGCUCGUUUGGUGGUGGGUUGCGGCUAACCUCGUUUCUGGUGGUUGCUAUGAGGCCCGGCGGACCAGACCGCACCACGGGUUCACUUAAGGCCCAUCCACUCGAGCGUAGGCGUCACCAGGAUGCGCUAUGAGAAACUCGACUCAGAGGACGAACGUCGUAAAGCCUCCCCCCCACCCCCCCAAGGAUAGGUCUGAGUUGGUGGGUGGGAUGAGUGAUGGGCCAGGAAUGAAUUGAAGCGGACUGACCCUGAGCUCGCUCCUUCUCGUUCCUUUCCCUAUUUUCGCAACCUGAACUCGCAUCCAGCUGCUACCGUCAUCAUCUCUGAGAGCUGCUCACACGUGCAGCUGAAGCUCUAUAAAAUAAAGCUCCUGCCCGCCCUCCGACCUUCCUCUCUCCCUCCCUUCUCCCCCUUCUCCCGCCUUCCCGCCACCCUACAUCCAAUCUCCACCAGUCUAUUGCCCAUUUUCCAUUGCUAGACUCACCUUCAUCAUCUCCACCUCACGGUAGCUCUCACCCCCACAUCCACUUUCUUUCAUUGCCUCUCACCCCCUUCACCGGUCUUCACAACACUCUUGUCUGCAUCCCAGUUAACCACACGCAAGCUUUCAUCCAACAACCAUAGCACAUAUCCUCUCCAAUAUCCCAAACCCCGACGAAACCAUGGCCGGCGAUCUCCCUGUCAGCGAUCUUACUGCUGAUCUCAGAGGCCCGGCUGUUGAACGGCGACGCGGAAAGGAGGUAAAGCUACCCUUUCCUCUCGUCGAUCAACUCCCAUGACUGACCUGGCUUUCCGUAGCGACGUAUCAAGUACCGAAAUACCAAUAUGGCUCUCCUUGGGCAGCCUAAAACUUUCUCUUGGCUAAAUGAUACCAAGCCCGCACCCGUCUGGAACGACCGAAACAAGUAAGUUCAUAUGUCCAAGCACAAACUGGUAAUUAGUACCAACAAUCCAUCAAGGUUCCAGAUGCCUCGACCUGAUCUCCGCAACUGUCAUUGCCACGAAUGCCGUAGCUGGUGCGGGAAAGCACAGAAUAAGAAGAAGGCCAAUGAAAGACUCGACUGGGAUGAUGAAAUCUGCACAGCUCGGCAAUACCCUCUCUCACCAUCAGCCGAAGAGAGGGAAUAUCUCUGGGGCGAUUCGUCUUCGGAUAGUGACUCGAUGGAAGGUGUCGCUUAUUCAUAUGAUAAACUAGGGCCCAGCGCGGGAACAGAUACCUGGAGCUAUGCUUUAACUGAGGCUGUCAAGAAGUUCGAGAGCAAGGAGUUGGCCACCUUGAUCAAGAACGAGUAUGAGAUUGUCGACCCGAGCGAUUCGGAUGAAGACUUUGAGCUGAUCUAG